AUAACAACAAAACUAAGCUACUUAAUGCCACUUAGAAUCACUAUCACUCAAAUCGCAAAUUGGCGUUUGACCUGCUGGACAGUUUCCACUCCACUGUUUAUGCUCUGACUCAAGGUCAACCAUAGACUUAUAUAUCGGAACUUUUGUUUUAGUAACCUCCUGGCUGUGUUGGCCCGCUGUGUUUGUCGUUUUGUCGCUACUCAUCUCCUCAAGAGACAUUUGUUAUAGUCAUUAUGGGAGAGGGUGGGAAAGAAAUUAAAGGACUGAGUUUCGCCGAAAAUUUUCUGCUUAGCGGUGCUGCUGCAGUUAUCGCGAAGACCGCAGCUGCUCCGAUAGAGCGAGUUAAACUACUCGUUCAAAAUCAAGAUGAGAUGAUCAAGCAAGGGCGCUUAGAUAAACCGUACACUGGUGUUAUAGACUGUACUGUACGAACAUUCCGGCAAGAAGGCAUACUACCCUUCUGGCGUGGAAAUUUACCUAAUUGCUUGAGGUACUUCCCUACCCAAGCUCUGAACUUUGCAUUUAAGGACAAAGUGAAGUCAGCGUUUAAGCAAAAUAAAGAUGAUCCAUACGUGGUUGCUUUCUACAAAAACGUGGUCAGUGGUGGUGCAGCAGGUGCUCUGUCCUUAGUGUUCGUUUAUUCUUUGGACUACGCUCGAACUCGUCUGGCCAAUGACAAUAAAUCUGCCAAAAAGGGUGGGACUCGUGAAUUCAAUGGUUUGGUUGAUGUCUAUGCUAAAACGUUCAAGUCAGAUGGUAUCGCUGGUCUCUACCGUGGCUUCGUUAUCUCGUGCGUCGGUAUAAUUGUAUACAGAGGAUUCUACUUUGGAUUGUAUGAUACUUUGAAACCGAUAUUCCUUGGGCCGGAUGCAGGUGUGGCAAUUAGUUUCUGCCUCGGUUAUGGCGUGACUGUCACUUCUGGAUUGAUAUCCUAUCCGAUUGAUACUAUCCGUCGGCGUAUGAUGAUGACUUCAGGCCAAGCUGUCAAAUACAAAAGCUCAAUUCACUGUGCAUCUGAAAUACUGAAAAAUGAAGGACCAAUGUCUCUCAUGAAGGGUGCCGGUGCAAACAUACUCCGAGGUGUCGCCGGCGCUGGUGUGUUGGCUGGAUUCGACAAAUUUAAAGAACUAUAUGCCGAUUUCAGAUUACCGAAAAAACCAUCUCCUUAAGUGUUGCAAUUAGCAAUGAAUUGUAAAGUUAGCAUGUAAUUUAGUUUCCGAAGAUUACUAGCAAAUCAAUUUUCGUUGUUGAUAUAAAUAUUUACUUGAACACGCUUAACAGCUAGUCUACUGCUUACAUUACUCAUAUCACAGACUGUCUAGAUUACCUUGGCUAAGUCGCAUGUGUGCGGUAUAUUGAUCCACUGAAAGUAUUUUGAUAAAAAGUGUCAGUACGUUCAGGUCACUCGUUGUAACCGGUAACUAGUUUGCUACUUCUGGCUUUGUUUUUUUAAUGAUAAGUGCCAGUUGUUUUAGUAGAUUUUUAAUUUGCAUCCGUUAAUUAACACGUCUGUUAUUUAGCUCUUACAGUAAUAGAUUACAAGGUUAAAGGUCCUACUUCCAGAUGUUAAUUUUCCUUCCUUUUGGGUGUAAGGCCAAAAUUAUCUUACCAAGUCGUAUUAAAUACUAGAAGUCAAAGUAUUGCUACAGUACGAUAGUUAUAGGUCUUUUUUUUUCUCUUCCCAAAUUUAUUUCACUGUAUUAUACUCUUUAAAUAACAUCUCCAAACUAAUUUUCCCGAUUACUGCUUAUACUCUCAUUACCUCUACCGCUACGGGAUUUGAAUCGACCACUACAUCUGUGUGCUAAUGUGGUGUGGCAACUCGAACUGAUGUACGUACGUACGAAGUUCUACGUUGUUCCUGAUUGACUUAAGCUGUACAUUCGUAUAUACAGGUAUAUGGGAAAUGUAUGUCUAUAGGAGGAUAGAAAAAAUUUUGCAUCACCAAAAUGGAUUCGAGAAUAAAUAACAAAUGAGGUUACGUACUAAUCAAGGGGUAAGGAAGAAAAUCGUUAAUGGGUCAGAUAAUAUGAAGAAAAGCGACAAACACAAAGGUCAUAAUAAUGGACUGAAUAAUACUCAAGAAAACUUGUAUAAGGUAAUAAUAACAGAUUAGAGUUUAAAAUGCAAAAUAGUAAUUUUAAGAAAUUCGAUAGUAAUCAAAUAAAAGUGCAGGGGAAAAAACAAAACAGAAACAUACCUAUUAAGGCCAAGGAAGGAUGAGAGGUUGGACAAGUCGUUUCUGCACGCAAGGUUUGGGCUUGAGCUCGUGAGUUGCCAAUGCCUCAGCAAUGCAUAGAAUAUUGAUUUGGUCCAAUUCCUUUGACUCUGUAGAUCAGUUUAAAAGAAGAAUAAUUGGGAGCGGUGUGUCCGAAAUUGAUUAAGUGCUCCUGUAUAGAACUAGUGAUCGUCUUACAUUCUCCUAUUACAAGCCAAGCCGGAUAAUGUUUUUAGAUCCGUUUGGAAAGUGGUCGCUUUGUUCGGCGUUUAUAACGAGCCCCACAUGAGCACGUAAAUUUAUAAAUACACAUUGAUGUGGCCCAAAGCGAAAGCUUAUUUUUAACACAUCCAGGAAUGAUAGGCCGGCUUGAGAAAACAAUUCGGAGCUUGGCUGUGUAGAAAGUUUCAUUCAAUGACUUUGAAAUCCGUUCAUUUAAGAUUUCAGCAGCCGUGUCUCCUUCAAAUUCCAUAUUAAUUAACAGGGUUUUCUUUUGUACUGUCGAUACUUUCCCCGACAUUUAGGUGGGUAGUUUAGUAUUCCGACAUAGCGAACAGAUAAUGGUGGUCGUCUGCUGCAACUAUGCUCAGACAAUCGUUUAUUCUUAGCAAACACAAAUUUUAAGCAUAAGGAGAGACAUCGUCUAACAUGGCGACCCCCUACACCAAACCAACGAUGGACUCAAAUAGACCAUAUUGCCAUCAGUCAUCGUUGGAGAGGGUCGGUAGAAGAUUGUCGCUCAUUCUGGAGUACCUGCUUGAACUCCGACCACGCCCUAAUGUGGACACGCAUCGGCUUGCGCCUCACUGGACGCAAAAAAGCCACAUUAAAAAGACCAUUAGAGUUGAAUUGAGUAGAGAGAAAACCAAAAGUAGGUUCCAGGAACAACUGAGGUCACACUUAGGUAGUUCUGAAAACGAGGCUGACCCAGAUGUUGCCUGGAAAGCUAUACAAGCAGCUGUGGAAACAGCAGUGACAUCUACCAGUGAUUUAAACCACAGGGUUACAAAGAACCAGUGGAUUUCUUCAAGAUCUAUUGCACUGAUGGAUUCUCGCAAACUCGUCCCAUCAGGUUCAGAACACGAUGAAGAG